AUGAGUCUUUCUACAUCUCGAGUUUGGAGGGGGGAGGUUGGUGAUGCCUUCGGGCUACCUUUGCUCAAUACCGAUGGGAUGGCGGUCGGUCCAUCCACUGGUGAGUAUCGGUCCUUAGACGCAGCUAAGGAUGGCAGUGACGAUCGAGCUUCCAAUGAGCUCUCGAUGAGAAACGACGUCAGCUUAGAGACGGCCGACGAUACGGACGACGAUACGGUCGACGAUACGGACGACGAUACGGUCGACGAUACGGACGACGAUACGGUCGACGAUACGGUCAACGAUGAACCAGUCGAACAGCCGAACAUUCAUGCCACUGCCGAAGCAUGGAUUCAAGCGUUCGAUAAACUAAACCCGGUUUCAGAUCCUGAUGCUGAUUUACAGAGAUUCGAGGACCUUACACGCACCUUGAUUACACGGCUUUGUCAAGAAGCUCGGUCUGGACGUUUUGCUGACUGGCUCAAGAUUGCAACUGACAAAAGAGAAAUGUCUUUCGAGAUGAAGAGCGCACUGAUCAAUGCUAACGCUGACAAGUUAGCUGAUCACAUUCUUCGCCAUAUCCCUCGGAAGACAAAACAACUUCUUGGGAAACGAGAUCUACAGCCCUUCGAUCUUUUAAGCUUGCCAGAGUUCCCACCUGGCUGUCCUUAUAGUAUCGUCUAUUUCGAUAUUGCUGUACAGGUUGGUAUUGCUAAUAUCGAGAGUCGGUAUUCACGACUCUCUCUAGGUAGAACAAUGAAACCCAUCAAGUCUUGUUCGAGAUAUAACCACUUGAUGAAAACAAAGGUCUACCUUGGCUCAAGUUCAGAUAAAGAAGGGGGAUGGAAUCGUCUGCGGGUCCAUGAAAAGGAAGCAAACCGCGAGAGUGGUAGGUCAAACAUGCACUAUGACUUUACUCGUCAAGCAGAUGUCGUUACCAAUUUCCGCAUCGGUGCACUUUUUCCUCCUUCAUCAGCGCUCAGUGAAGGUAUUGACUUGCUGCUUCCUGAACUCUUGGAAGGUAUUCUUAUGGUCUAUCUCGGAACAUACCAUGUGAGUUAUCUCACACCGCUGUCUGAUGGUAAUAUGUUCCAUACAGCUUCUUCCUACGAACUAGUCGGAAGAAUGCGCCUAAACCUAUCGGUCCCAGACUUACAUAGGAACACCUUGAACAUAGCAUGGCCAAUCCUACAGGCCGGUAGUUACAGAGAGUUCAAGGUAGACAGAUGGCAGAUCGCAAGAAUGGCUGAUGCACUAGGACUCCUAAAAGCAGAAGUUCAUCUCGACGAACAUGAUGACCAGCAGUUCAUAGCUGCUUUAGAAGCUAUACGGUCCAAGACACGUGUCUCAUCGGCAGAACUCGAGAUCCUCUUAGCAAAAGGCGGAGCCAGUAACCCAAAUUAUGAGCCUCCAAGUCCUAAUAACGAAGUGCACGAGCGUGCAGAGCUUCAGCGCGAGCGUACAGAGCGUGCAGAGCGCGCAGAGCGUGUAAGGCGUGCAAAGCGUGCAAGGCGUGCAGAGCGUGCAAAGCGCGGGCGUGCAGAGCGUGCAGAGCGUGCAAAGCGCGAGCGUGCAGAGCGUGUAGAGCGCAAGCAUGCAGAGCUUGUUGAGCGUGAGUAUCAACGUAUAAUGCAUGAGCGUGGGCAUCAUGAAGAGCUUUCACGCAACGGUCAAGGCGUGUUCAAUAACAAAAGGAAGCUUGCCCCGGAAUCUGUUGACUAUAAUGAACGCCAUAAGCGUCAACGAUGA